AUGUCGUUGCACAUCUACAUUGCUCACACGGGAGAGCAUUUCCUGGCUGACCCAGUAGCCUUCGCCUCUCCCGAUGCUUUAAAGUCAUGGAUUGUGCGAGAAACCUCUAUUCCGCCCCCGCGGCAGAUCUUGAUGACCGCCCGGGGUAAGAAUGUGAAGAUCCAAACCCUCGCCACGGAAGUAAGGAAUGAUACCUGUUGUAUGGCGGUGUGGGGCUUGCUAACAGAAGGCCGAUCAUCGCAGAACGAAAUCUUUGUAUACGACCGACAAUAUAUCAGCGAACCGGGUGACAUCGAGUUCCCAGAACUACCUUCACCAGAGCCCUUCCAGCCAGGCGUUCCUCCGGCCACCCUCAAAGACCAGAACGACCUUGAGGCAUGGAGAAACCUCUACUCGGCAAGGCGCGAUUGGGCGUUUGAUCUGUCCAGCCGAUGUAGAUCGAUCGACAAGAGCCUCCGCGAACAUAAUGAUCGGACAGAUGUCAUACACCGGGCAGUCGGGGUGGCUUUGGAGAACCUCAAGUCUCACGUGGGCACCCUAGAACACAGGUUCCAGGAGGCGCAGUCGUGGGCGAACAACCUGCUGGAAGAACAGCGGGCAGCCCUAGAUGGCUGGCAGCAAGCUCUUGCCACGUUGGGCGAUAUACCAGCGCGGAAGGACUUUCCACUCCUAGGGCGUCCAUCCACGCCCAAAAUGGAUAAGGACCGACCCACUGGGACACUCCGUGACUUUGUCGACUCGGCUGAGGUUCAACGCGCCGGAGGAGAGGCAGCUACUAUGUUGCCGACUUUUGCCAACCAUGUCCAGGACAUCGAAAGGAGCAUCGAUGAGAUUGCUUCAGACACCCAGCAGCUAGUGGACGAAGCCACCGAAUCUGGCUUUGAGGGUGUGGAUGGGCUGGUCGAGGAGGUCGAAACAAUUACCAAAAAGAUUGAUUCGGAUUAUGAACAUGUCCUUGGUCUUCCGAAAAACCAGAAAACAUUGGCUAACAUUUCACGGCUUGCAUUCAAUCACACCCAAGAUCUCCUUCCCACCCUACUGGAAUUUGGGGCCGAGUUGCAAGCCGCAUUGGUUCAGGCUGUACAACGUCGAACAGCCGCAGAAAGAACCGCUAUCGGACACAUGCGAACCAUUUCCUCUCUUGAAUCCAGACUUGCGGACGCCCAUGGUCAACUUGUCAACUUGGACAUGGAUAGCAAUGCUUUUGAUGUGAUAUACUCUGUUUUUCAAAUGCCAAUGGUCUAUGGUUCCAUCCUAAUUGAAUCCGUGCGGCGCCGAGAAUGGAGCGAAAAGAUUAAGACUGACUCCUUGAGUUUAGUCGAGGAAAUGGCAGUCCUCAGAGAUGAAGAGCAACGCCGAAGAAAGAAAUGGCUGAAGAGUAUGGGGGACUUCAUGACUGUCACUGACUCCACCGCACCAGGAAUCGAGGUGAAUCUUCAGGGCCAAGAUGAUCAAUGGCCUGAAGUAGCUAGGAAAGAGAUCGAGUAUUAUAUUGACGAGUUGAAAACAAGGCACUCCAUGGCAAACCUGGCAGACGAAUUGACUCAACAAUUGAAGGAGCUGGAUCUACCAACUCGGCAGCAGAGACGGCGCGCCAAAGCUUUCAAACAGGGGAGCGUGUUUGACCUGAGCCGCAGCUCGAUAUUGCGUGCAGACGACUCAGUGCGCAGCCUGCAAGAAGAGAAGACAAAGUUGGAAGAGAGGCUCAAAGGGUCUGACAGUCGCGUUAGGAAGCUAGAGGACCUUCUGCAUCGCCAGAGCCAGAUGAGCCGGCCCUCAAGUGGAAAUUUCGGUCCAGACUUUCCCGGCUCUCCUGCAUCUCCCCAUCCGGAUAUACUAUCAAGGCGAUCAUCUGUUUCGUCAAGACGUGUCUCAGCAACUCAAUCCCCCGAGGAAAAAGCACUUAUCCAGCGCAUUGUGAGCCUCGAGGCAGAAUUGGCGGCAGAGAGGGAUUCUAUCCAGCGGCUGCAUAAAGAAGCCCAUGUCGAACGUCAAACCAAUUCGGACAAAUUCCAAGAGGCACAAUCAACGAAAAAGGAUCUCAUUGGCAAUCUCGAAGCACGUCAACGCGAGUUUGAAGAUGAGCGACGGUUUUUGGACGCAGAGCUCAAGAAAUUUAGGCUCCGUACAGAGGAAAUGGAGGAGGAACUCGAUCGCCUCAUGGAUAGCCGAGAGAAUGGCAGGCAAGAGAUUGAUGAGCGGAUGCACCAGCUUGAGAUAGAUCUACAGAACGCCAACGCCAACUCCGCCGAUGACGCACAAAGGAUCAACGAUCUCAAUGCGGAGAUCGAAACCAGAAAAGAACAAGAAGAUGGCUUACAACGAAAGGUCGAUGAUCUUGAACGGCAGCAAUCGGAGCUUGAGAAAAAGGACCAAGAGAACCAUCAGGCCCUCGAGGCAAUCUUCAUGAAUCUCUCGCCGGGAGGCAAAAUGCCGACUGAAACCCCAGAUAUUAUCAAAGCUAUCGAGGUCCUAUCCGAGGGCCUGUCGAUCCACGCUAAGAAUGUGGAGUCCGAUGUAGCUAAGGCUACUGCUGAGAACAAGGACUUGGUGGAGCAGAUUGCCCAGCUGGAAGCCAAUGCAGAGGACCGGGCGAAAUCCUUGGAGGAGUUCGAAUCCAAAUUAUCGUGCUUGUCUGAAGAGCUUUCGCAGGAGCGGUCGAAACUUGAAGCAGCGAAUUCUGAAUUGGACAACGAACGGUCGAAAUUCACCUCACUCCACUCCCAGAUUGCAGACGGGGAAAGCGGCACGAAGGCCUUGCGUGAAGAAAUUGUCGAAGGGGAGAGGCGACAGGCAGAUCUGUCCCAGCAGUUGGCACACGCCGAAAAUCGCGCCCAAGAAGCAAAGGACAUGGCUGCAGAGUGGGAGAAGAAAGCAGGCACCAGCUCAGAAAUCGAACAGCAGGCCAUGGCGCGGUCCGUCGCUAGAGGCACCAAAUCACACGAGCUUUCAAAACAGCUUCUUACACAGGUUGAAAAACUCGGCCGAAUGCUUGAACAAUUGGGAUUCACCAUCAUUCAACAGGAGGGCCAAUUGGUUGUACAACGUGCUUCAAAGCUCACGGCUUCUUUGAGCCUGGGUGAAAGCCUUGCCCAGUCAGGCAUCGUCUCUAUGAAACCUGAUCCAGCUCUUCUGGGUUGGAUGCAAGCCGAGAGCCUAGAAGACGAAGACAAUCUCUUCAGAGGGUUUGUGGAAAGCCUAGCUCAAUUUGAUGUCGCAGUCUUUGGCGAUGUUGUUGUCAAACGUGUGAAGGAUAUUGAAGUCCUAGCCCGCAAGUGGCAGAAAGAAGCCCGCGGCUAUCGUGAUAAAUAUCAUCGCAUCCAGGUCGAAGCCCAUGAUAAGAUUGCCUAUCGUUCUUUCAAGGAGGGCGAUCUUGCUCUCUUCCUUCCCACUCGCAAUCAGGCCAUCCGCUCCUGGGCAGCCUUCAACGUCGGCGCACCGCACUUUUUCCUCCGCGAACUUGACUCCCACAAACUCCAGACCCGCGACUGGCUACUCGCACGCAUCACUAAGAUUGAGGAGCGUGUCGUCGACCUUUCCAAAUCUAUAAAUGGGGUUGUCCCUGACCGCCGCUCUCUUGGGGACGCUAGCGAUGGUGCUUCUCUGGAUGAUGAGAAUCCAUUCGAGCUAUCAGACGGUUUGCGCUGGUAUCUUCUUGACGCCGUGGAAGAAAAGCCCGGCGCGCCCGCUACCCCAGGCAUUGCAAAGAGCACAGUCGCCUCGGCGCAUGUCGAUGCCAAGGGUAGUAUCCGCCUCAAGCGUGGUACAGAUGAAGGUGGCGUUGCAAAGACCCUUUCUAGAAGUUUAGAUAGCCGCCGGGACAGCUCAAAUUCCAAACGGGGGACCCCGACACCAUCCCAUCACGCCGUUGAGGCUACCAGUGAACUCGCCCGUCCUGCCGAGGCUGAUACCGGCUCGGCAUCAAGGGAGAAUGCCCCGGUCAUCGACGAGGAAUCUGUGUCUGCCUCCGCUCAACCAAGCAUGAGUGGUGCCGCCACUUCACCGUCCAAAUCAGUCCGUCGACAAAGUGGCCGAUCUCGUCCCUGGGAGAAAUUAUGGUCUCUUGACUAUCGGCUGGAGGGCGGUGCCUCAUAG